AUGGAGUACUCAGGCGGCGGUGCGACGCUGUCGGAGAUGUACCAGAGCGCGCGGCGGCUGCUACUCUCGGCGCGCGACGGCGUGGCCCGCGUCGAGCGCCUCGCCUCGGCGCCCACUUCGUCCUCCUACUCCUCGGCGCCGCUCGUAGGGGGCGGCGCUGCGGGGGACCCCGCGGUCGCUGAGGAGGUGCGGCGAGAGGUGGCGCAGAUCCAGGGGCUGUGCGCACAGAUGGACCGACUAUGGCGAUCCAUCCCCGCCAAGGGCCAGCGGGACCUCUGGAAGAGAAAAGUGGAGCAGCUGUCUGAAGAGGUUGAUUCAUUGAAGGAAACCCUUGAUAAGCAUUCUUUGCGUCAGAAAAAACGAAUUCUGGAAGCAAAAGAAAGGGCUGAGCUAUUUGAGAGAGCUAAUGGUGAAUCUUCACAUGUUCUCCGAAUAUUUGAUGACGAAGCCCAAGCAAAGCAAUCAGCUCGUAACUCCUCACGAAUGCUUGAAGAAGCUUAUGAGACAGGAGUGGCUAUCCUUCACAAGUACGCUGACCAGAGGGAUCGACUGAAGAGUGCUCAAAGGAAAGCUUUGGAUGUCCUGAACACUGUUGGUCUAUCAAACUCUGUUUUGAAGCUUAUCGAGAGGCGGCACCGUGUGGACAAGUGGAUCGCGUAUGCUGGUAUGAUCAUCACCAUAGUGGUGAUGAUUGCAUUUUGGCGGUUAACGCAUUAG